AUGAAGGAGGACGGACGUGGUGCCGGCCGUCUCGGCGUGUGGUCUCUAGCCAAGAAAACGGCCAACCUUACCCGGAAAUUCACAGGACAAACGAACCAUUCUCAAACUGAUUCCGAAGCCUGGGGUAGCGGAACCUCACCCAAACUGGUCUGUAAAAGCGAUUCCUCCGACAAACUUCCCUCGCCCAAUGCCUAUAGCGCGUCUUUUGAAGAGCUGUGGAGCGGUAUCGAACUGCAUCGCAGUGUUAAACAGCCAGAAUGUGCGACGAAUUGUCAGCUCCAAACGAACCUCUUCGGCAAGCUUCCCGAAGAGAUACGGGAGAUGAUCUAUCAGGAGCUUUGGCGCGAUGCCGGACUGAGCCAGCAUAUCAUCCGAACAGAGGCCGGUUAUGCCCACUCCCGUUGUUUACUUCAUCAGCUAGGUAUUCCCGGUGAGCAUAUUGAUGACGAAGAUCCUUGGGAGUCCAUGUGGAUGGUCCCAGACGUCCGCGGGACAGUCCCCUUGUGGUACAGGCGGGAGAUGUCAACCUGGUGUGAUCACUGGAAAUGCGAGGAGGCGCGAGAGGAGAAAGAGAUAUGGAGAGAUGUUUCGAGAGGGAGGACGGGCCGUGUCGGUUACCUCAAUACUUGGACGGCGUUUCUGCCAUCCAUGUUAACCUGCAAGCGAAUGUACUUUGAGUGCACGGCUUCAAUUUAUAAAUCCGUCACCUUUACGAUUACCGACAUACCUACAGCCCGGAGCCUCUUCUCACUUCGGUACAUGGCUCCGGCCUCUCACCCCUUUCGGCGCGUGAACCUUUCUUUCAGACGACGUGUUGAUGAGGGCAGCAGCUUCGAACGAUGGGUUGAGUCCUGGACCACGAUCCUCCGUCUGAUUGACACGCCAGCGCUGGAAUCUGUGAACCUUUGGCUAGAUAGCGACGUUUUCUACGAGCGCUUUUGGUUAUCAGUUGUAACCAACGUCUUCCGCCAGGUUCCGGAGGCACUGGCCCACAAAGUCGCCGUCAGCCUCCCGCCGAACGGACACCGGGACCGGAUUGUGGGGACCAUGUGGCUGAAGAGUCUGGAGAAGGGGCCGUUGGCUACCUCACGGAACGAGGCGGAGGAAGGCAAGGUGUUUCGGACAUGCGACGGCUGA